AUGUCGAGUUUAGAUCUCCCAUCCCCUUUCUCUGAAAUCCCUCUAUAUCCGCUACAAUACCUCCAUCCCUCUCCGAUCCAUCCACUCCCUCAUCUCUCCGCAUCCGCCACGGAUGCAGCAAACGCAAAAGACACGACCGAUGUCCCAAACUCGAGUUCACAUCCACGCAUAAACAUAUGGUGCAAACGAGAAGACCACGGCUCUCCACUCGCUUGCUCCGGGAACAAGUAUCGCAAACUCGAAUACAUCGUCCCGGACAUCCUCCGUCCACAGGAAGACGGAAGGAAAGUGACGACGCUCGUGACCGAAGGCGCUAUACAAAGCAAUCACACAGUACAAGUUGCUUCUGUAGCUGCGAUUCUUGGGCUCAAGGCCGUCGUGCUUCUUCACAAGGGCACAGGCGGUGGAUUGCGUUCGACAACUAAUCCAGAGGUGUUCCAGCAAACGGGUAACGUGCAGGUGGUACGCAUGCUCGGUGCAGAGGUUAGGAUGCUGGAACCGGAUGAAGCCGCCGACGAUAAAGACCCAGUCGAACCUAUUUUGCAGGAUCUACGCGUCAAGGGGCAUGUCCCGUACUGGAUCCCUUCGGGUGCAAGCCUGCAUCAUCUCGGUGGUCUGGGUUACGCACGUUGUGCAUUCGAAAUCGCGAAGCAGGAACUUGAGGAGUCUCAACGCGGAACAUUGAAGGGAAGUGGACAGUUCGACUAUAUCUUCGUCUCGUUUGGCAGUGGCAGUACCGUAGCUGGAUUGAUCGCCGGCUUCGAGUUGCUGGAAAAGACGCGAGAAGAAGAAAGACAAAGUGAAGACGGAAAACAGUUCCCUAAGCGCCAGAUCAUCGGUAUUAUGAGUUCUCCAACAAAACCAAAGCCAUAUCAUGAAGAACGCGUUGUUCGCUUCGCUCGCACUGCGGGGGGGAUGAUUGGACUUGAGCCUCAGAACGAUAUCUCCCUGGACGAUGUCCGACUUGAUGAUCGUUUCGUGGGCUCCGCGUAUGGACAGCUAGAUCCAGAUACGAAGGCUGCCUUAAAUAGGGUGGCGCAAACGGACGGCCUCAUUGGUGAUCCUGUCUAUACAGGCAAGACUCUUCGGGGCUUGUUACAUUGGGUGGAAAGCGGGGAGAUUGUUCGAGAUUGGUCUGCGCGAAGUGGUGCGACCGUAAACAGCAAAGAAUUGAAUGUAUUGUUUAUACAUACCGGAGGACAAUCUGCAUUGGCAGCUUAUUCCGAUGCAUAA